AACCAACCAACCAAAACGAUGUCUGGCCGUGGCAAGGGAGGCAAAGUCCGGGGAAAGCCGAAAUCCCGCUCCGUACGCGCUGGGUUGCAGUUCCCGGUUGGUCGCAUCCACCGUCUGCUCCGGAAGGGUCACUACGCCGAACGUGUGGGUGCCGGUGCCCCGGUCUAUCUGGCCGCCGUGAUGGAGUACCUGGCAGCGGAAGUGCUCGAGCUGGCAGGAAAGGCCGCUCGCGAUAACAAAAAAACUCGCAUCAUUCCCCGCCAUCUGCAGCUGGCUAUCCGUAACGAUGAGGAGUUGAACAAGCUGCUUGCUGGCGUAACUAUCGCCCAAGGUGGCGUCUUGCCCAACAUACAGGCGGUUCUGCUGCCGAAGAGGACCGAGAAGAAGUCGGCCGCCACCACCUGAACACAACAGCCCAAACCCAACCCAACCCAACUACCCGAAAGAAACCGUCCUUUUCAGGACGACCAGUGGCCAAUUUCCCAGAAGGAAAGGAAGUGCGAACGCAUCCGGGACUUUUGUUAUAUGUUUUGUGACUAUCUUCAUUACAGGAGGCGCAAUCAUUGCAGGGCUGUUACGUUUUACCAGACACCUGAGAAGGGGGCAGCAGGGACAGCAGGAACAGCAUGAUGUCCAAGGGCUUGACGACCCCUCCCCAGCUGUCUGCGAGUCAGGGAGAACUGCCUAGGGCGUGGUGGGAUUUAGCAGUGGGCUCUGCUAAAAUCCCUCCCAAAAAAACCACAAGUGCCCGUAAGCGGACUCUAUCAAAGCGACUGUGUGCCGCUUCAAAAGCACAAGCCCAGGGAGGGAGUGCCAACUGGCAUGUGGAGUGUCCCUACUUCGGUAGGGUAGUGCGUGAGCUGCUUCGGCAGGGAGUGAGUGAUCUGUUGUGCUGAGGCAGGAGUGUCAUAGCGAGUCGCCGCCGCUAUGGCCACCUCGAAGCGCAGCAGAAGUCUGAGUAUGGACUGCACAUGCUAAGGUAAGAGUGUCGUAGCGUAGUAUCGUUGAUUAGUCCCCACAUACCGCUAUCGACACCUCGAGGCAUGGCAGUGGAGUGUUAGAAUAAGUUGUGGAGUGUACCUACUUCGGUAGGGUAGCGCGUGAGCUGCUUCGGCAGGGGGUGAGUGAUCUGGUUGUGCUGG